AAAUUUGGAGGGAUGUUGCCCACAUCUAUAGGAAACUUGUCGACCACUCUUGUUGGAUUUGAUGUUAGUUUCAAUCAGAUACAUGGAGGCAUCCCAAAUGGGAUAGGCAAUCUUUUUAACUUGAAUAUUCUGUUUAUGAACUAUAAUCAAUUUACAGGAAACAUCCCUGCUGAUAUUGGGAGGCUUCAAAAAAUAGGGAGGAUAGGUUUGGACAACAACAAAUUAUCAGGGCACAUCCAAUCCUCUGUUGGGAAAUUAACAGAGUUAACCACACUAGAAUUACAAGGAAGUGAUCUCGGGGGCAGCAUCCCUCCAAGUUUGGGGCAAUGUCGAAAGCUACUUCUGUUGAAACUUUCUCAAAAGAAGCUUAGUGGUUCAAUAACCCAACAAGUUUGGGGUCUCUCAUCCUUGUCAGUGGUUUUGAAUCUAUCUCAAAACCACUUGACUGGUUCCCUACCCAUGGAAGUAGGAAAUUUGAAAGGUCUAAGUUCAUUGGACCUUUAUGAUAACAUGUUAUCUGGGGAACUUCCCAGAAAUCUUGGCAAGUGUGAAAGUUUAGAAGUCCCCAGGUUGCAAGGCGACUCCUUCCAAGGGACCAUUCUUUUGCCUUUCGAAACAUUGAGAGGAAUUCAAGUUUUGGAUCUUUCUCGAAACAAUCUGUCGGGCAAGUUUCCACAAUACUUGGAGGGUUUACGUUUGCUGAAUUUGAAUAUAUCUUUUAAUGAUUUUGAGGGCAUGCUGCCGGUGGGAGGUGCCUUCAAAAAUACCAGUGCAACUCUGUUGUUGGAAACAGCAAGCUCUGUGGCAGUGUUGUUGAAUUCCACCUGCCCAAAUGCAACUUUCCAUCCAAAGAAUCCAAGAAAAGGAGGAUGACCCUUGCUUUGAAAUUAAUAAUAUGUAUAGUCCCUGCCCUUGUGUUAAUCAUCCUGGUCUUGUCUCUCCUAUAUCUACGCCCAUUAAGUAAGAAGCUAAGAAAAGAGCAUGCCCCAAGCAAUUUGGAGAAAAUUUUGCCAGUGUCAUAUGCCGCUCUUGUAAAAGCUACCGAUGGGUUCUCUUUGACUAAUUUGAUUGGUGUGGGCAGUUUUGGAUCUGUGUACAAAGGAGUUCUUGAUGAUGGUGGAGCUCUGUUGGUUGCCAUAAAAGUGUUUAACCUAUUACGGCAGGGAGCUUCGAAGAGUCUCAUAGCAGAGUCUGAGGCUUUGAGAAAUAUCAGGCAUCGAAAUCUCGUCAAGAUUAUUACUGCAUGUUCUAGUGCUGAUUUUCAAGGUAAUGAUUUCAAGGCUCUGGUUUAUGAGUUCAUGGAAAAUGGGAACUUAGACGAGUGGUUGCAUCUGCCUACUAGAACAAAAGAGGUAAGAGACAAAUCCAAGAGUAUGAAUCUUCUUCAGAGGCUGAACAUCGCCAUUGAUUUUGCCUGUGCACUAGAUUAUUUUCAUAAUCAUUGCGAAACUCCAAUCGUUCAUUAUGAUCUCAAGCCAAACAAUGUUCUUUUAGACAAUGAAUUGACUGGACAUGUUGCUGACUUUGGGCUAGCAAGAUUUCUCUCAAAGUUAUCAAGUAACAUUUCUGCAAAUCAAACAAGUUCCAUUGGAAUAAGAGGAUCAGUUGGCUAUGCCACACCAGAGUAUGGAAUGGGAAGUGAGGUGUCAACAUAUGGGGAUGUGUACAGCUUUGGCAUUCUCUUGUUAGAGAUGUUUACUAGGAAGAAACCCACUUUGACGGCUUGAACCUUCAUAAUUUUGUGAAGAUGACUCUUCCUACAGAGAUUGCAGAUGCGGUAUUAUUUCUUCAAGGAGGCAUUGAGGACACUCCCAAGCAACGCACCGCAACUGCACAAAAAUUGGAGGAGUGUUUGAGUUUGAUAUUUAGAACUGGAAUUGAGUGUUCUGCAGAAUCCUCAAGAGACCGACAGGGCAUCAGUGCUGCUGCAUCUGCAUUGCGCUCCAUUAGGGACGUUCUUCUUCGAUAAAAGCUUCAAACUUAUGCUACUCUUUGGUGUGAAGAAGAUUACUACUGCAUCUUGUCUUAAGUCUCUCUCUAAAAACACUUGGAUCUUAUUAGGAUUAUAGUGGUAAUCGAAUUUGUUCUGUUAUCUGUUCCUCUGCACCGGUCCGAUUGCAUCUAAUGAUGUUUCCUUUCCCACUUUAUGUAUAUGAUGAACUCACCACAUUAACA